AGAAAAGGAGGGGGCGGGGUGGGGGGGUAGAAAAGCUAGAGGAGCGAGAGGCACCGAGAGUUUGGCAGCGAGAUAAAGAAAUCCCCCGAGAGCGCCAGCCCCGCGGGCCGAAGGGGCGCGUCCUACCCCGAUGUGACACACGCACCCUGCCCGAGCCCCGGCCCCUGCACGGCGGGGGUGAUGUGAGCAGAGCCCAGGAAUGCCUUAUGUGGAUCGGCAGAACCGAAUCUGUGGGUUUCUGGACAUCGAGGAGAAUGAGAACAGUGGCAAGUUUCUGCGGAGGUACUUCAUUCUGGACACCCAGGCCAACUACCUUCUCUGGUACAUGGACAACCCCCAGAACCUGGCAAUUGGGGCAGGAGCUGUUGGAUCUUUGCAGCUGACCUACAUCUCGAAGGUGAGCAUAGCUACCCCAAAGCAGAAGCCAAAGACUCCGUUUUGCUUUGUCAUCAAUGCCCUCUCUCAGCGGUAUUUUCUUCAAGCCAAUGACCAGAAAGAUCUGAAGGACUGGGUUGAGGCCCUGAAUCAAGCCAGCAAAAUCACCGUACCCAAACCUGGGAGCAUGCCCCUGGCGACCGAAGUUCUCAAAAACCUAGCAGUUCCCCCAGGCCUCGAGAAGAAGCCACAGGUGGCCUACAAGACAGAGAUCAUCGGAGGGGUAGUGGUGCAAACACUCAUCAACCAGAAUGGUGGGGAUGGGCAGGAAGGCGGUGAGCCAGGGUCCCACGCCAUCCUUCGAAGGUCUCAGAGUUAUGUCCCCACGACAGGCUGCCGUGUACCCACUGGCCCUCCCCUCAUUAAGAGUGGCUACUGUGUGAAGCAAGGGAACGUGCGCAAGAGCUGGAAACGUCGCUUCUUCGCACUCGAUGACUUUACCAUCUCCUACUUCAAGUGUGAUCAGGACCGAGAACCACUGCGAACUAUAUUUCUCAAGGAUGUUCUCAAGACCCAUGAGUGUCUGGUGAAAUCUGGGGAUCUGCUGAUGAGGGACAACCUGUUUGAAAUCAUUACAAGCUCCAGGACCUUCUAUGUACAGGCGAACAGUCCAGAAGACAUGCACAGCUGGAUUAAGGAGAUCAGGGCAGCUGUCCAGGCCCUCAAGUGCCACCCCAGAGAACUAUCCUUUUCUAGAUCCAUUUCUUUGACUCGCUCUGGAAGCUCCAGCCUCUCCGGUGGGCCCAACUCUGUCUUCUGCAGAGGGCGGCCACCUGUGGAAGAGAAAAAAGCCCUCUGCAAAGCCCCCUCUGUGGCCUCGUCCUGGCAACCCUGGACGCCUGUCCCCCAGGCCGGGGAAAAGCUCCAUCCAGCUGAAGAGACUCCUGAGGACUCUUUGUUCACUUCUCGACUUGGGGAGAGCAAUACGUCUGGGGUAUUGCCCAGCUCCCGGCUGAGGCACCGAUCGGAACCCCAGCACCCCAAGGAGAAACCAUUUAUGUUCAACCUUGAUGAUGAGAACAUACGGACUUCUGAUGUGUGA